UGUCCAGGCAAUCACCAGGAGUCAGUAAUGACUCCAAGGCCAAAAAAAAAAAAAAAAUUAGAACAAUCCUUCAUAGCCUCCGGACACUAUUCCCCUCCUGGUUGGGGAUGAUGGGAGCUGUAGUUCAGUGUGCCCUUUAAGGGCAGCAUAUUGGAGUUAAGACAGCUCCUAACUCCUUCUCUGUCCUUGGUCUUUUCCUCCUCCCGUUACAGGAAGAGCUGCGUGCGCCUGGCAUCGUGGGGACUGAAGAGGUCUUCUUUCGGCUCUCUGCCCGAGCCAGCUUCUCCUACCUACACCCUUCCGGCGUGGGAUUUGGAAAACGUCCGGGGAAGGGCCCUUGUCCCUGCCCAAGAGGGAGGGAAGAAAAGGGCCUCCGCUUGCAGCAGCGCCGAAGUCUGAGCGCCCGAGGAAGGCUCACUCCCGCUUGCGGUCGGCGCCAAAGGCACGGCGCGUCUUCGGCUGGUACGUGAACUCCUCGUCUUUCCUUCUCGCUCGCCUCAGCGCGCUUGCCGGCGAUGUCUCCCCUCGUGGCUCGGAAGCUCCUGGCCGCCGCCUUCGCUCUGGCGCUUGGUGCCUUCGUCCCCACCCGUGCCCAGGAAGAUCUUGCAGCAGCAGCAGCAGCAUCGUCGUCGUCGUCGUCGUCGAUCGGAGCGCCCUUCGCUCGGGAUCUCUUCGCCGUCUUCGGAGGCAACCGGAGCCUCUCGACCGGGCAAGUCGGCCAGAUGCUGCAGAAACUGGGAGCGCGGCAGAAGCUGAGCGAGUCCUUGCCCCCGGAAUCGCUGGCGCACCUGCACUAUAACCAGUGCAUGUCUGCUGAAGAUAUUUUUUCUCUGUAUGGAAUGUCAAACAGGAGCAGGAUAAUGGAGUCCACCUUCUCUACAAUAUGUCCUGCUAUCUUACAACAAGUGAUUUUUCACCCCUGUGAAAAAUCUGUACCCAGAGCUGGUUCUAAGCCAUCUCCCACAGAAGUUUGGGGCUUUGGGUUCCUUGCUGUGACAAUAAUCAGCCUUGCUUCACUUCUUGGAUUGGUUUUAACUCCUCUUUUAAAGAAGGACUAUUUCCCUAAGAUUUUAACCUACUUUGUAGGUUUGGCUAUUGGAACACUCUUCUCUAAUGCAAUUUUUCAGCUUAUUCCAGAGGCAUUUGGAUUUGAUCCUAAAGUAGAUAACUACGUUGAAAAAGCAGUUGCAGUUUUUGGUGGAUUCUACAUCUUAUUCUUUGUGGAAAGAGUUCUUAAAAUGUUAUUGAAGACCUAUAGUCAAAUGGGUCAGAGACACUUUGAACCUGAAGAACUGAAACUUCCCCAAAGUCGUUCCGCUCCUCCUCCUCCUGCAGAAUCUUUCAAACCAGUUAAUGGAACAAUGUGCUAUGCAAACCCAGCUGUAGCAGAAGUUAAUGGAAAUUUGGGUUUUGAUGAUGUCAGUGUGGUCUCUGGACAGAAAGAAGAAAUGCAAAGUAGUUCAUGCAAAUGUUUCAAAGGACCUGCCUUAUCAGAGAUUGGUACAAUUGCCUGGAUGAUCACAUUAAGUGAUGCUUUGCACAACUUCAUUGAUGGACUAGCCAUUGGAGCUUCAUUCACACUUUCCCUGCUUCAGGGAAUUAGCACAUCUAUAGCAAUCUUAUGUGAAGAGUUUCCUCAUGAAUUAGGAGAUUUUGUCAUCCUUCUUAAUGGAAUGAGCACAAGGCAAGCCUUGUUUUUCAAUUUUUUAUCAGCAUGCUCCUGUUAUAUUGGCCUAGUUUUUGGUAUAAUAGUAGGCAACAACUUUGCUCCAAACAUCAUCUUUGCAAUAGCUGGAGGCAUGUUUCUAUACAUCUCCCUUGCAGAUAUGUUUCCAGAGCUGAAUGAUAUGUUGAGAGAAAAAGUAACUGGAAGGAAAACAGAUCUCGUUUUUUUCCUGAUUCAGAAUGCUGGCUUGCUCACAGGGUUUACUGCAAUUCUGCUCAUCACGCUCUAUGCAGGAGAAAUUGAGCUGGAGUAAUGUGAAAAUGAAGACAAUUUAGCAGAUUGAAAAUGGAAGAACUUCACAAAGGAACUUGGAAGGAAUAAAGGUGCCUUGUUUGCUUCAGUCAUGGAACAAAACAAUUUUUUUUUCUAAAAAUAAUAUAAAAAUAGAUACAAAUAAUUUUCUAAUGUGUUCUAGGACAGGAUUUUCCUCCAUGUGUUUGUCCUAUGACAGUCACUUUUACAUCAGUGCAGUGACAAUUUAAUGGCGUGAGAGCACUAAGAUAUAGAAGAGAUUCUUUGUCUGUAAAAUAAAUAAACAAACAAUAAAUAAUUAUUUAUUUCAGUGAAAAUGUACCACCUCACCUUUGUCUCAGAAAGGCCUCUGGAUUUGGAACUCAGUACUUCUAACUGAUGCCUGUUUUAAGUAGUAUUAUGCAGUUAGUACGUAUGCAGUAUGAUCCAAAUUAAAGUAGUUUAUAGAUCUAUCUUAUAUAAAAUAUAUAUAAAAAAUUAAGUCCCAUUGAGGACAAUGGCAGAUAGUCCACGGUAUGGGCAUAUAGAAUUGUAGCCAAAUAGGGGACUCCUCUGGGUGGAAGAAAUCAUGCUACCAUUUUCAGUGUCCUGCUUGCUUCUUGCCUUAAGUGAGUGUUACAUAUUUUCUCCAUUAAUCCCAAUUAAUAGUAUAAAUUUCUCCAUUUUCUGAUAAUGGCCUGCAGCUGGAAGACUUUGAUGACACAGAUGUUUAGCUUUUGGAAAAUGGUUCCUUCUCCCUGCUGGGACUGAAGGAAUACCAGCUUUUUUUCCUUUUUUCUUUUUUUUAAGUUUCUGGAGCCUCACAAGGAUGACUCAUUCUCACCUAGGAGUGACUUCUUCCUUCAUCAUCAAAGAAGAUCCAAACACUUCUAUGGCCACAAAGGUCCAUAGGAUUAUUGCAUUAGUUGACAAGACCUCUUUUUAGACAAAUUUAUUGUCUUUUUAUUUAUUUAUUUAGAACUAUGCACCAAUUUUAAUGGAAAGUCCAGCUUCAUAUCCAAACACUGAAUGGAGCACUUUCUCAUGUAAAGGUUCCAUAGGAUUGUUAACUCAGUAUACAGAAAUGUAUCAUUGUGCUCAAUGGACUUAGUGAACUGGUCCACGUCCAAUAUAAUUUAUUCUAGGGGACAAUGGUUCUUUAAUCUUUUAAGGAGGAAUCUUUCCUACAACUGCUGCAUUAGAUUGCUCCAGGGGUGAACAAUUUUUUUUUAUUUUGGUUUUUAAAAAGACUUUUGUGCCCCAGGGAUCAUGGCUAUGAUGUAGAAGUAUUACAGAAUGGGUCAGAGUAGAAAAUAUUGACAGUUUUGGGGGCCAAAGGUUUAGGUUUUCAAAAGUUUUACAUACCUAUUUUAGCCUUUAUUUCCUCAAAAUUACUCAUGCUGCUUCAAAUCAUCAUUUCCCCACCACUUUUAAUGGUGAAUUUUUGGAGGGUUUCAGGAAUUGCAAGAAGGCCAUGAUAUUCCUACUGUUGAUUUAAUCCAGGAUGAAUGAAGUUGGACCUUUGUAUGUAUAGGAUAUACUUAUCAUUCUAGAUAUAUGCAUAGUUUUUAAAGGUCCUCAUAAAGUUUAAUAAAGAAAACACAUUGUAUUCUUGCAUUUAUUUUUACAUAUUUGAUUUUACAUCUUGAUGGAUAUGUAUUCUUCUUGCUGUAAUUUAGUUCUGAUUGGAAGUUACAUGCACUUUAAAAUAUAUACAGAUCAAUUUUUUUGCAAAUAAUAAUGAUAACACAAAAAACUUGACACUGCAGACAGGAAUAGGAAGAAGGAAAUACAUGUCAUAUUUCUCUUCCAUCCUACAGCAGUUUGGAGGAAGUGUGCAAUAUUUAUUAUAAAUUAUGCUUAUUUUCUACAGUACUAGGAAAUUUCAACUGUAGAUACAUGAUAUACUUAUCUGCUUGACUUUUGAGGUGAGAUCUGACUUUGUUAAUAUGUUUCCUGUGAAGCAAUAAACUAGAUUUA